CGACUAGCUAAACAAUCACCAGAUACAUUUUCUUCAAUAAUUAACAAAUCCAUUUGCCCAACCAAUUCUCUUUCAUCAAACCCUUUGCCUUAACUCUCUCUCUCUUUUUACAUAUCCCAAUUAAUCCACUUAAUAUUGUAGAAGAUUAUUCUAAUGACAACUUUGAUAUGACCGAUAUUUUAGUUGCUCUCGGAUUGUUCCUUUUCAUCGUCUUCGUUAUGGUAAUGAAAAUACUUAUUUCCUUCUGCAGGCAUGCUUUGCCUCCCGGUCCUCAUCAGGUCAGGAACCUUAGCACCGGUGACCAACAACACUCCAUCGACGCCAUAGAACUCGGCCUCGACGAAGCCACUCUACGCAACUAUCCGAAGCUCAUAUACGCCCAAGCCAAGCUCCACAAGGGAAAUUCUACUGCUUCUUGCUGUUCAAUAUGCUUGGCUGAUUACAAAGACACGGAUGUGUUGCGCUUGUUGCCUGAUUGUGGUCAUCUCUUUCAUGUCAAGUGUGUUGACCCGUGGUUACAGCAACAUGCUACAUGCCCCGUGUGUCGGACUCGGAACUCGCCUCUUGCUGAGACGGCUCUUUCUGUGGAGCGACAUUGAAAAGGUCAUAUUCAAUACAUUUAUGAAAUUUUGGGAGAACUGAUCGGUAAUUAAUGAGCCUUUUAAUUAGAGCGACAUUCUUGACUUGAUAAUUGAACGCAUAUAUGGCUAACUUUCACAUAUGUAUUUGUAAGUGAUUGUGCAUUUGAAUUCUGCCUUGAUUCAUUAUUGUGG